AUGUCCGGCGACACCUCCGGCGAGAGGGAGCUAGAAUUUGGCCAAUGUCUUAAGCUUUUCCUUUCCGAAUCCAUUGCACCGACAACCGACAAGCUUGACCUCGGACUUCACUGGGACAUGCUCAAGUUAGAACCGACUCGAAAAGAACUCCGUGGCAUUCCUACUGUCAACGAUUACACCAUAGUUGGGAGUUACGGGAGGAAAAAAUUCCGAAGAGUGCCAGACAACAUAUUUGUAUUUGUCCUUUCUCACCUCACAUCGCUAUCACUCACCGGGAACGACGUCUUCGUCGUGCUUCCAUACCUUCAUCCCCGAUACCUCGACCACCUCACCAUCACUGUCAAAGACACGGACCGGCUAACUCGCCGAGAAGAGGACUACGUUACUUUCGCAAGGUUUCUGGGACUGUAUUACUUCCCUCCCAUCGUCAAUUCUGGCAGUCCACUCUCGACCCUGCAGACUCUCAAAAUCUACGACACUGUGAUCUCCGACGCGCAGUGGCCAGCAUUUCUCUGA